CCGCCCUCUGGUCCCGCCUCCCCCCCGCGCUCCCGGUGCCCGCGGGGGCGCGCCCCUGACGCCCUACAUAUACUCAGGUGCGCCGCACCUGUCCGCCAGCACCUGCCCGCUCACCGCCGAGCCACCGGGCACUGCAGCCUCAGGCCGACAGCCCAGGGCACUUUGGGGGCUUCCAGUACCCAGGACCGCGCACACACCGCCCCUCCGCCUUCCGUCUGGGUAGGGUCGCGGAGAACGCCGGAGGGGACCGCCUGGCCUUCGGGGGAUCGCUUUUUCGACCACCAGUCCCCGGGCGUGGCCUGAUCCUUCUGUGAGACCCUUGCCCCGCCGGAAGGAUCGAUUUGUGUGUGUGUGUGGUUUUUUUUGUUUUUUGGUGUUUUUCUCGAGUGACAAAAAGAUCUGCAGUCACUUGACCCCAACCUUCUCUUCGGGUGACUCGUCUCUUUCUGUGGGGCUGCCCCCCCGAGGUGGGUUUGCUGUACCGCAGGGUCGCCCGCCCGGCGUCCCCAGGCUCUUCCGAGGGCGAAGAUGGCCAAUUCGGGCCUGCAGCUGCUGGGCUUUGCCUUGGCCCUGCUGGGCUGGGUGGGCCUGGUGGCGGCCACCGCCAUCCCGCAGUGGCAGAUGAGCUCGUACGCGGGCGACAACAUCAUCACGGCCCAGGCCAUGUACAAGGGGCUGUGGAUGGACUGCGUCACGCAGAGCACCGGCAUGAUGAGCUGCAAGAUGUACGACUCGGUGCUCGCCCUGCCGGCGGCCAUCCAGGCCACCCGAGCCCUCAUGGUGGUGUCCCUGGUGCUGGGCUUCCUGGCCAUGUUCGUGGCCACGAUGGGCAUGAAGUGUACAAGCUGCGGGGGAGACGACAAAGUGAAGAAGGCCCGGAUAGCCAUGACCGGAGGCAUCGUUUUCAUCGUGGCAGGUCUUGCUGCCUUGGUAGCUUGUUCCUGGUACGGCCACCAGAUCGUCACAGACUUUUAUAACCCGUUGGUCCCCAUGAAUCUGAAGUACGAGUUCGGUCCUGCCAUCUUCAUUGGCUGGGCGGGGUCGGCUCUGGUCAUCCUGGGAGGCGCCCUGCUCUCUUGCUCCUGUCCCGGGAGUGACAGCAAAGCUGGGUACCGCGCACCCCGCUCCUACCCCAAGCCCAACUCUGCCAAGGAGUAUGUGUGAGCCGGGGGCCCCCUGGCCCGGCCUGGCAGCCUGUGGUGUGCCCGGGGACCUGAACCGGCCUGGGGCAGAGCUCGGCCCGUGGGCGGGGUGCGGAGACAGACAAGCCCCGCCACCCCGCUCGCUCGCGCACCUUGUACAGUUCCCCCGAGGGGGUUGGGUGAGGGACGCAAAAAGAGGAGGGUGUGCUUUUUGUACAGGAAUAAAACCGUAUGUUUUGGAAA